CUGUGAUGCGCUUCCUCGUCCCCCUUAAAAACCCCGAAUCACAUCAUAAUUUGAAGACUUCUCAAUUAUCUAUUUCUUUUAUUCACGCUCUUCUCACACGGUCUGCCUCCCUCCCUCCCCCUGUCCCUGUGAUGCGUUUCCUCUUCUCCUUGAAAACCCCACUCCAACCCACUUUCUUCCUCUCCGCUGUCCGCUCCUCCACCACCACCUCCCAUCCACGACUCGUUCGGUUCAACUCUCUCCGAUCCUACUCCGACUCGUUCGAUUCAGCUCUUAGAUAUCCAGCCUCAAUGGCAAUUCCCCCUCCUAUAAAGUCAGUGGCCGCCCUGGACUCCGAAGUGGGCCUCGCCAAACGGUUUUGGAUCAAGUUUCGCACCGAAUCGGUCCUCGCGCUCUACACUCCCUUCGUCCUCUCUUUGGGUGCUGGGAAUCUCAGGAUCGAAACUUUCCGGCAUUACAUCGCUCAAGAUGUCCACUUUCUCCGCGCCUUCGCUCAAGCAUAUGAAUUGGCGGAAGAGUGUGCGGAUGAUGAUGAUGCAAAGCUUUCAAUCUCUGAAUUGAGGAAGGCAGUUCUGGAUGAGCUGAAAAUGCAUGGUUCAUUUGUACAGGAAUGGGGUUCAGACCUUGCAAAAGAAGGCAGUAUCAACUCUGCAACAGUGAAGUACACAGAUUUCUUGUUGGCAACAGCCUCUGGGAAAGUUGGAGGAGUAAAAGGUCCUGGAAAACUUGCAACUCCUUUUGAAAGAACAAAAGUUGCUGCGUACACUCUGGGUGCCAUGACACCUUGCAUGAGGCUGUAUGCCUUUUUGGGUAUAGAAUUCAAGGCACUUUUAGAUCUUCAUGAAGGCAGUCAUCCUUACAGAAAGUGGAUUGAAAAUUAUUCAUCCGAAAGUUUUCAGGCAUCUGCUGUGCAAACUGAAGACUUGCUCGAUAAACUAAGUGUCUCUUUGACAGGAGAAGAGCUUGACAUCAUUGAAAAGCUUUAUCACCAAGCCAUGAAACUUGAAAUAGAGUUCUUCUCUGCUCAGCCGGUUGUUCAGCCAACAGUAGUUCCUCUGAUCAAAGAGCACAACCCUAUGGAGGAUCGUGUUAUUAUAUUUUCUGAUUUUGAUUUAACGUGCACUGUUGUUGAUUCUUCUGCCAUUUUGGCAGAAAUUGCAAUAGUAACAGCUCCAAAAUCUGAUCAGAGUCAACCUGAAAAUGAACAUGCUCGGAUGUCGUCAACUGAGCUGAGAAACACGUGGGGCCUUCUUUCUCAGCAGUACACAGAAGAGUACGAGCAAUGCAUAGAAAGCAUUAUGCCUUCCAAGAAAGUUGAUGAGUUCAAAUAUGGAGAUCUACAUAAAGCACUUGAGCAACUUUCAGAUUUUGAGAAAAGGGCAAAUAAUAGAGUGGUUGAAUCUGGGGUACUCAAGGGUCUAAAUCUUGAAGAGAUAAAACGAGCUGGUGAACGUCUUAUUCUUCAAGAUGGUUGUAUUGCUUUCUUUCAGAAAAUUGUAAAGAAUGCAAAUGUCCAUAUACUUUCAUACUGUUGGUGUGGUGAUCUGAUUAGAUCAGCUUUUUCAUCAGGGGAUUUACAUGAGCUGAAUAUACAUGCAAAUGAGUUCACUUAUAAAGAAUCCAUUUCCACGGGUGAGAUUGUUAAAAAAGUGGAGUCUCCAAUUGACAAAGUUCAAGCUUUUAAGGAUGUGCUUAGUAAUUGCAGCAAUGACAGGAAGAACUUGACUGUUUACAUUGGAGACUCGGUGGGUGACAUACUUUGUCUGCUUGAGGCAGAUAUAGGAAUUGUGAUUGGUUCGAGUGCAAGCCUUAGAAGGGUGGGGACUCAGUAUGGUGUUUCUUUUGUCCCACUGUUUCCCGGCUUAGUCAAGAAACAGAAGGAAUAUGUCGAAGGAAGUUCUAGUUGGAAGGGGCUAUCUGGCAUUCUCUAUACAGUCUCUAGUUGGGCGGAAAUACAUGCCUUCAUUUUGGGGUGUUAGAAUUGCAGUUUUCACUCACUCAUCCUCACAACAAAAUGCUGGACCCAUUUAUAUAUAGUGCAACAGAAAACACAAGUUGGCUGAUUUUAUUAGCGGCCACCCCCUUUGCUGGCUAUCUUCCCUUUUCGUUUUUCUACUGGGUCUACUCGUUCAAAGGCUUGAUGUCAGUCUCUUGUUUCCAUAUGGCGUGAACAUGUCACCCCCUUUCAGGUAUUCAGAGGUUUUCGGAAGCAGUGAUUCAGGACAAAGGUCAUUUACAUACAUUUGUUCAUAUAAACAAUCCAAGUGCUGCUACCUAUUUUCAUAGGUUAUUACAGUCCUUCGUUUUGGAGGAAUGGCAUUUAAAGAAUACAUGUAUUUUCAUUUAAAUUAUCGCGUAUUAUAAAAUCAGAUGGAAUGAAUGACACUAUGUUCUGCCAAUAUUGCUGCUUCAGUUAUGAAUAAUUGAACUUUUGCUUUUAAGCUA